AUGGCGCCAGCAAAAAUCGACGAGGCAGGGCCUUGCUCAACGCCUGAUAGUCACUUGUUGGAACAGAUAUCAGAUGAUGUCGAUCUAGUCAAUGUCAUGAAGGCUAAGCUAGCUCAGUCUAGCUCCCAACAAUCGCAGCCCGAGGGAGAGAAAGAUAAAUCCCAAUUUCGACAAUACGACAAGGCAUGCGAAAAGGUUAAGGAGUUUUAUCGAGAACAACACGAGAAACAAACAGUGGCGUACAACCUCGAAGCGAGACGCGCAUUCCACUCAAAAGUUCGUGCUCGGAUGACCGUCUGGGAAGCAAUCGAGAAACUUGACACGCUCAUCGACGAGUCGGACCCAGACAUUUCUCUUUCGCAAAUACAUCAUCUGCUCCAGUCGGCCGAGGCAAUUAGACACGACGGAAAACCACGAUGGAUGCAGCUCGUCGGCCUGAUUCAUGACCUAGGAAAGCUCCUAUUUUUCUUCGGUGCUGAGGGACAAUGGGACGUUGUUGGUGAUACGUUUCCCGUCGGCUGUGCAUUCGAUGACCGAAUAAUAUAUUCCGAUACAUUUUCCAACAAUCCUGACUCCACCCAUGAGGUUUACAGCACAAAGUUUGGCAUAUACUCCCCAAAUUGUGGGAUGUAUAAUGUUAUGCUGUCGUGGGGCCACGAUGAGUACCUUUACAAUGUCGUGAAAACGCAGUCUACACUACCUGAGGAGGCAUUGGCGAUGAUAAGAUAUCAUUCGUGUUACCCAUGGCAUACGGAAGGCGCCUACAGGGAGCUCAUGAAUGAGCAUGAUCACCAAAUGCUUAAAGCCGUCCAGGAGUUUAAUCCCUACGACUUGUACAGCAAGAGCGAUAAAAUCCCAAAUAUUGAGGACCUCAAGCCCUACUACCUCGAACUAAUCGACGAAUUCUUUCCAAAUCCGGUUAUCGAUUGGUGA